CCCUAUCUCCUCUUCACGCAUCUUCUCUCUCGUCUGCAGCAUCUAAAUCCUCAGUCAAGUCUGCAGUUCCGCAGUCACUUCUACUCUGUUUUUUUGGUAGCGGUAACUCGUGCCCACCGGAGUCAACACAGGUCGGAUUACGCAAGCUACCAGGCAAGGCUAGCCUGUUCUCCUCCGUCGCCAGGUGGCGAAGAUGCUCACCCAUUGCUACUGAAUAUAAGAGUCUCCGACCAGCUCGAACUAUUCACAUCUAUCUAUCCAUCGCAGAUCAAAACACCCAAAUCCCCCAAGCCCAUCUACACCACAAUCCUCAAUUUCAACAAUCGACUUUCCAAUCGAUCGAUCGCUCGCUUCUCCUCCAUUUAAAUUUCUCGCACCUCUCCUUUCAAGAAAAAUAAGCACCCUCUUCAAUCAUCAUGGCCAUUGCUAUUGACCAACCUCACGUUUUCCUGAUCUUCGGCACCGGCUGGAUCGCCACUCAAAUCAAGGAGCUCCUGGAGAAGCAGGGCGUGAAAGUGAUCUCCUCCGAUGCUCGGAUUGAAAGUCGCGAGCAAGUCUUAACUGCGCUGGCCAUCCACAGGCCCACGCGAGUGAUCAACUGCGCGGGCCUGCGCGGGCUCCCCAACGCCGACUGGUGUGAGGACCACAAGAUCGAGACGGUGCGAUCCAAUAUCCUAGGUGUGCUCAACGUAGUCGACUGCUGCUUCCAAUUAGGUAUCCAUGUCACUCAGCUAGGAUCGGCCUGUAUCUAUGACACCGACCCGACUCGCGCGCCAGACGCCAACUUCACCGAGGAGGAUGAUCCCAACUACGCCGGAUCCUGGUACUCGUGCUCUCGACUGUUGAGCGAGAACAGCAUCAAGCACUACCCCAACCUCCUCCUCUUGAGAAUCCGCGCUCCGAUCGCGGCCGACUUCAACCCCAACAAUUUGACCACCAAGCUGAUCAGCUAUAAGAAGCUGGUGAACUUGCCUGCGUCCGGAACCAUUCUCCCCAAUCUUCUGCCUGGCGCUAUCCUCCUCUCCCAAGCUGGAGACACCGGCAUAUACAACCUGAUCUCCCCCUCGCCCUUCACCAACAACCAGAUCAUGACGCUGAUGAAAAAAUACAUCGAGCCGUCCCUGAACUGGGAGAACUUCGAGCUGGACGACAUGCACAAGGUGCUCAAGGCGCCGCGCUGCCACCCCGUCUUCGACUCGAGCAAGUUGAUCAACCGUCUCCGCGAGCUGGGCCACGAAGUCAAGGACACCCCCGAGGCCCUUGAGGAUCUGUUCAUCGAGAUGGCGCAGAAGGGAUACGGCCCUGGCGGCAAACUGUCGAGGACCAAGCUUGCCGUUUAAAGCCACCUUGAACGACGGCGGAGCAUGACCGAAAGAGCACAUUAACGACUUUUCUUUUUUUUUGUCAAUUCUUCUUUACUUCUUCAUCCGGGUUUCUGUUGGAUUCACUUGUUUGUCGCUAGGGCCUAUAGAUUGUUUUGCCAUUGUUGGAUUUGGGCUUCCUGCUGCUUGCUGAAUGUGCCGCUGUUUCACUCUUUCAGUGCGGAAUUGAGUCGUUUAAUUCACAAUACUUGAGACUGUGUUGGUAGC